UGUGCAAGGACAAUCGGGCCAUUGUUCGAACUGCUCUCGAGACGUUGAAAAAUGCUGACUCUCUGAAAUUCUAGGCCCGAUCGAAGAAGAUAAUUCGAACCGUCUUCAGCUUGAAGUGAUGGAUAAGCAAUGGGAGACAGCAAUGCUUAAAUAUAGAAAACGGGAUCUGAUUUGUGUUGGAAGAGACGGCAACGACGAAGAGAUUAUUCACCGAUUCCGCCCAGAAGAUGAGAUGUUGCAAGGAUGCUCCAGUUCUGACUGCGACCCCGAACUUGAAUUGAUGACGGAUUUCAACCUCUACUUCCUGUCGUUGAUUUGUACCAGUGCCAGUUGGGACAAUAGCGAGGCUUUUAGGGCUGCUGAGUGGUUCGUCAGCCGAUCUCUCCUGACUGAUAGAGAGGAAACAUUCCGCUGCCUUGUAGCUCAUCCAUGGUAUCAAGGAAUGGAGAAAGCAGUUCAGCUACGGAUCAAACAAGAGUUGGUCUUCUUCUUUGAUAGGCGCUUCACAUAUCAGAUGGGUCAGCUCUUCAAGAUCGAUCUCUCCAUCCACGGCACUCUUCUCCGACUCGGAUGCAAUAGUACAUUCCGCGAAGAAGAUUCGAUUGACUGUGGAGGUGUAGACGAGACGAGUAUUGCAGAAGACAAUGCAGAGCUUUGGGCAGGCAUGAAGAUUGAAUUUAUUCAACGAACAGAGGGAGCAAUGGGCGUAAAAUUGUCUGACCCAGUGCCUCCCAAGAGAAACGAGCGAGUUUCAGAAACCCAAGAGUCUGAGUACAAUGUCAAUUUGCAGCGAGCCUUGACACCGAAGCCGACUACUCAUAGAGCCAACCGAGUCACUCAAUCUGAAAUAUCGGAGUACACGAGACUUACGAAGAAGACCUUGGGUCCCGAGGUUUUGGCCGAGGUGACUGAGUGCACUGUUUCUGAAGGUCCGAGAACCCCUGGCUAUGAAGCCGAUACAUCUGACACGGAGGUUGAUGCCUAUGGACAGAGCAACGGUGGUAGCUCCCCAAUGGAUAGUGAGGUGAUGAACACGAGCAGAAUGGAGGAUGUAUCAUUGGAGUGAGCAUUGACUUUCGAACAUGUUCCUUGUUUUGCCGACACAUGGAAGCAAACUGAGCUCCUCUUGUUCUUAUUACCCAUGUUUUCCACAUUAUGCGUUAGCUGGAGCUCCGAAGCAAAAGGGGUUCCUCCUGUUCUUAUGAUAUGGUCUACUUAUUGGUAUGUAU